UCACUCCUCUCUCUCUCUCUCUUUCUAAAAUCUAAACCUAGAUUCUCUACAAUUACCAAAUCUCACGCCUAUUUAAAACUAGAGAUUCACUCGCUUAAUAAAAACCGCGCCUCUCUCUCUCUCUCUCUCUCUCUCUCUAUUUAAUCCCCAAUCAUACAGAUUCCAAUUAACUGCUCGAUUCUCGCUUGUCCAAACCUCAUACUUCUUGAUUUUUGAUAUGGCUUCACAGCACCGCUGUGUCUUCGUUGGGAAUAUACCUUAUGAUGCUACUGAGGAGCAGCUGAUCCAGAUUUGUGAAGAAGUGGGGCCUGUGGUGUCAUUUAGGUUAGUGCUUGAUAGAGAAACUGGUAAACCCAAAGGUUAUGGAUUUUGUGAGUACAGAGAUGAAGAAACUGCUCUGAGUGCACGUCGCAAUCUCCAGGGUUACGAGAUAAAUGGCCGUCAGCUAAGAGUUGACUUUGCUGAAAAUGAUAAGGGCACAGAUCGAAACAGAGAACAGGUUAAAGGACGUGGUGGACCAGGGUCCUCUGUCCAUCAACCAAUAGGUCAUCCAUUAGCAGCUGCUGCUGCAUCUUCCAUGGCUAGAGCACUAAGUGGAACGCAGACUAGCAAAUCUCCCUUAAUGCAGAAUGGUAUGCAAAAUCUCCUUGCUCCAGGAAAUGAUUCAUUGACUCAGUAUCUGGCUAAAAUGUCGAGACAACAUCUAACUGAAAUAAUGUCUGAAAUGAAGGCUUUGGCUCAACAAAAUAAUCCUCUGGUUCAGCGGGUUCUGCGAGAAUGUCCACAGUUAGCGAAGGCUCUUUUUCAGGCGCAAAUAAUGCUUGGUAUGGUGACACCAGAGAUGAUGCAGAUGGCAAGCUCAGCUCAUAGGCCUGCACUUAAAAGUGGCAUGCCUAGUCAAAAUGCAUUAAUUCCACUUCAAUCGCUUCCUGUUCAACCUCCAUUUCAGCAAACUUUGCCACCACAACCCCAAACGCUCCUACAAGGAACUGUACCAGGCAAGUCUGCAAUUACAGUUCAGCCCCAAAGUUUUGGCGGACUCCCAAGUCAACCAGAGCUUCCCCCUUUACCGACUUCCAAGAAUUUGAUAUCCCAAGUUCAACCUUCUGUUCUUCAGCAGACUUUGCCGCCUCAUCUGGCAUCACAAGGUGCUUCAUCAAAAUACCCGUUGUUGUCAAAUGGGCUGAAUUCCCUUCCAAAUGAAACGGGAACAUAUGCUGCUGGCUUUCACGAUUUAAAUCGAGUUUCACAUACAAGUGAGACUGGUGACAGAUUAGAAGGGAUGAACCAUCCAUCAAAGAGGCCUAGAAUAGAAGAUGGAAGUGGUUCCCGUCUUAUGGUUACUCAUACCUUUGCCACCAGCAGUUCUGUUCCGGUUCAACCAGUUGUUACUGGCUCAGUACCUGGGACCCAAAUGACCAAUGCUCAGCUUCCACCAGAACUAGAAUCGGCUCUUCUUCAGCAAGUGAUGAAUCUAACUCCAGAGCAAUUAAGUUCACUACCACUAGAGCAACAACAGCAAGUACGUCAGCUCCAGCAGAUGCUAGCGAAGCAAAAUUUGUAGUUGUAUAGGCAGUUAUCUUCAAACCACCCAAUCCACAAUACACAUGGACAGAUGCACAGAGAAGCUUCAAUAAUUAUGUACCUUUUGGUCUCUUGUAAUUCUUUUGUCCUUCCAUAUUUUUGCCAUAAUGCAAGGUUUUGAAUUCUUGCAUCCAUGUAACAUUACACAAUGUUUAUAAAAAGAAAAGUUCCUUCCACGUCUCUCAUUACUUUUCUCUUGUAUCUUUUUUCUUGUAGUUUAUAUCCCAUGGUGUAAACUGGUAAUCUGGAG